CUUAAACCCAUACGUUCACAUUCUUGCUCCUUUUGCUUUCUGCAUUAAAAACUGCAAAACUGAAAGCAUUUUUUUAGUCAUAAUCAAAAAUGGGUUUCAAAUUUGAGAUCAUUUUAGCUAUAUUUUCACUUCUAAUACUCUUUCCAAUGAUACAUGGCUGGGGAAUUGAUGGGCACUUCAUUACUUGCAAAAUAGCUCAGUCUAGGCUAAGCGAAGCUGCGAGUGAUGGUGUGAAAGAAUUGCUGCCGGAAUAUGCGAAUAAUGAUUUGGGAAGCAUGUGUUCUUGGGCUGAUCAUGUGAAAUUCCGUUAUCACUGGUCGUCUGCACUUCAUUAUAUUGAUACUCCUGAUUCUCUCUGUACUUACCAGUAUAAUAGAGAUUGCAAGGAUGAAAAUGGAGAAGAAGGAAGAUGUGUGGCAGGGGCAGUUAACAAUUAUACUUCCCAACUUCUUACCUACAACAGUGGUUCCUUUCAAGCUCAAUAUAAUCUGACAGAAGCCCUUCUGUUCCUGUCUCAUUUUAUGGGAGACAUCCAUCAGCCUCUGCAUGUCGGGUUUACUUCGGACAGGGGAGGUAAUACCAUUGAUGUCCAUUGGUACACGAGGAAGCAAGUUCUUCACCAUGUUUGGGAUGACAACAUAAUUCAGACAGACCAGGAAAGGUUCUACAACUCGAAUGUUGAAGACAUGAUUGAUGCAAUUCAACAGAACAUUACGACAGAAUGGUCGGAUCUAGUUCCGAAAUGGGAAGCCUGCAGCCGAAACAAGCCAGCCUGCCCCGAUAUAUAUGCAACUGAAGGUAUCAAAGCAGCAUGUGAUUGGGCAUACAGAGGUGUUAAUGAAGGAUCGGUAUUAGAAGAUGAUUAUUUCCUAUCCAGAAAAUCAAUAGUAACUCUACGGCUAGCUCAAGGUGGAGUCAGAUUAGCAGCGAUCCUCAACCGCAUUUUCCAGUGACUGAAUCAAUUUCUUAUAUUAUGUUUGUGCUUAGAAAUCAUGAUUCAAGUUAUUGAAAAGGCAUGGUUUAGUUUAGUUUUUUGGUGUAUUUGUACUAUGUGCAUGUUAAGGCACUCAGCUCUACCUAUAUAUAUACUAAUGGAAAAACCACAUUUAGAAUUUUUA